CACCAUGAAUACAUUUCUUGUUGACCAGACACCCCAAAAAUUGAAGGAAUUUUUUAUGCUGAUUAUCAAACUUGGUUACUAGAACUUCACGACACUGAGGUAUAGCCAAUCGCAGAUGUUUUGAAUUCUCCUACUAUCAUACGAUUCUUUACUACAACAAGGACAGCAAGGAUGAAGCUGUUUCUCAUUUUCAAAGUAAUUGUGGUUUUUCAAAUUGGGACAAUCACAUCUGGUAAUGAUUGAUUUUAAUAUAAUCUAGUGUUCUUUUUUUACAUCCAUAAAAUACCCCUUCAGCACUUUGCUUUGUAAACUUUCUAAUAACAGGUACAAACAUUUUUGUUUUAAAACUAUUUCGUAAUUAGAACUGUAAAGUUGGUCUUAAAUUCUAAAAUGCUUGAGUCUAAUACACCUCUUUUUUUUUUUUUAAAUUUAUAAAAAAAUUGUUUGUGUAUUAAACUUGAAAAAAAAUUUCAUUAGGAUUAUUACGGAAGAUGGAAUAAGCUCUAAUUAUUUUAUUUUUCACCACCAUUCGUUUGGUAUUACACUAGAAUCACUGUCAAUUUUAAUAGUACUAUUUUGAACAGACCAAUAUUUAAUAGUCUUUUAGAAAUAUAACCAUUAAUUUAUACAGACAAUUAAAAUUACAAUGAAAAAGAGAGAAAGCGAUAUCUCAUAAUAUAAUUCCCCGAGCGGAUAUUUUCCGCCCCACUCUCAAUGCGCACCGUGAUGCGCUCUCAUUCCCUGCUUCCCAUCAUCGUGUGUUUGAUUACUACGAACGCACCAAAAUGCACACAAAAAAGAACACAUUUUAAAACAAGCAUGGGGUUAGUAUACGGAAAUAACGUCAUAAAAUUACACCAUGAGUUUAGCUAGGGUUGGUGUCACCCGGUGCGGUAACCUCAUGGUGUCACCCUACCACCCCCAAAUUCCCAUGAUGGAUUCUUCUUGUAAAAAUAAGUCCACAGUAUAACAAUGAAAAGAACAAACAAAAAAAAAAAACACACAUUCAGAGAAAGUCAUGAGGUCAAUGUAUUUCAAAACUGUAACAACUUUAAGUAAUACUUAUUUGACAUUAAAUUUACUUUAUUUAAAAUUUUCCAUUCCUGUUCGUCAAACCUGGAAACCUGUCAAUCACUUGAUCAAAAGACCGAGCAGCGUGUGCUUUGUAUGCAAGUUCUCAAUUGGGUGUCACCCCUAAACUAGUGUCAACUGGUUCGGUCCUCACCCGCGCACCUUAUAGCUACGUCACUGGGUUGCGUUGCCCAAGAUAUAUAUAUAUAUAUAUAUAUAUAUAUAUAUAUAUAUAUAUAUAUAUAUAUAUAUAUAUAUAUAUAUAUAGAGAGAGAGAGAGAGAGAGAGAGAGAGAGAGAGAGAGAGAGAGAGGAAGAGAGGAAGAGAGAAAGAAAUNUUUGUAGAGAGAGAGAGAGAGAGAGAGAGAGAGAGAGGAAGAGAGAAAGAGAGAAAGAAAGAUAGCGAUAGAGAGAAAGAGAGAUAGAGAGAGAGCAAAAGAGAGAGCUAGGGAGAGAGGAAAUAGCGAGAGAGAGAGAGAGAGAGAGAGAGAGAAAGAGAGAAAGAGAAACACACACAAGGCCAUGAUAAUGAUAUGCAAUGAUGUUUCACCUAUGAGGGGUGGGUCAACAAUAAUACAUUUUUGUCCGUAAUGGCAAAUGUAAAAUUCAGAAUGUUAAAUAUAUAUAUAUUUUUUUAAAUGACGCUGUUGAUAUGUUUUACUAUUUUAUCAUUUAGUUAGCCCUCAAUUUUUACACACACAAAAAAAAAAAAAAACCCAACAAUAUUAAUAAUUAAAAUAACCACAAACACACGCAAAAAAAUCAACAAAAAAACACGCCCUUAUAAGGCAUAACAAACACCGGUGAAUCUACGUUUUCUAUAAAAUUUUCAAAGUUGCUUGUUAGUAAUUGUGAAUUUAAAUGUAUAUUUUUAAAAAAAAAUUGUUAAAGCUGCCAGGACACGUUAGGAGAGGAACAUGGUGAUAGAGUUGAAAAUCCCACAUAUGCUUAGUGUAAACCCAUAGCUGAUUUAAAGAAUUCACUGUCAUUUAUUUAGCACACACAAAAAAAAAAAAAAAAAAAAAAAAAAAAGUUCAAGAUCUGAUUGUUGUUGUUAAUAAGUUUGGCUUAAUUUCUUUCAGGUGCAGAAUGUCCAGUAUUUCAUUUCAACGAGACGACUCAGAUCAUGACAAGCCCAAAUUUCCCUUCCAGCUACCCAGACAAUUACGCGUGCUCAAAGUUGUUCGUUAACAGUAAUGAAGGCCCUAUUGAAUUCAGGUAAAUCAAAUUUAAAAUAAAUCAAGUUAUUAUUUUUUUCAAAAGUGAAAUCUUGUAAUAAUUAUAAAGCUAGAAAGAUUGAAAGUUUGCCCAUAUCCCACAUCUCAUUUAAAGCACCCCCCCCUCCGGCCCAGGGAUGUCUUUUGCGUAGGGCAUCCCCCACACCCACCCCUUAAUUUGCAAGUUUUAUUUAUAUUGCUAUGUACUAUGGUGCCUCCAGUAAUAAACAACUUNGUUCAUUAGUAACUAAAUAUCUACUGUAAUAUGGAUAUCUACAACGUUAAACGAUAUUAGGAUCUCCGGUUAAACUGAGUUCCACAAGAGGAAUUAAACGGCCACUUUGUCAAUAUCCGACCUUGCCGUUUAAAGUGUGAAAUGUAUUGUAAAAACUGGUACCCAAUUUAAAACCGGAUUCCUAAAACAGACACCAGGCUGCUAAAAAGAAAAAAAAAGCUAUUAUAGGAUCUUCCCGAGUUAAGACUGAUCGCAAUUAAUUAAUAUACGGCGGAUGCAAAAAAUAUUUUUUUUAAAAGUAAGCUUAGACUACUUAGAGAGCAACAUCUCCCAUCCACACAAAUUGUUAUUGUAAAUUAUGUUCACUUCCUUAAAUGAUUUACUAGCCACGCCUUUUUAAAUGUUGUUUUUGGGGGUAAAAUUCCUCUCAAGAUUUUCAUUGAACGAUUUAUUUAAUUACUUUACGUUGUUCUUUUUGUGCGUAUGCCCUUUUUUGUCAAAUUGAAAGAUUGUGUAUUUGAACUUCAUCUGAUAAUGUGGUAUCUCUUAGUCACUAGCACAGUGGUUCUCAACCUUUCUAGUGCCGCGACCCCUUAAUACAGUUUCUCGUGUCGUGGCGACUCCCCAGCCACACAAUUAUUUUCGUUGCUACUUUUUAUAGCUGUAAGGAUAUAUGUUUUCAGAUGGUCUUAGGCGACCCCUGGAAAAGGGUCCCGUGACCCCCAAAGGGUCGCGACCCACAGGUUGAGAACCGCUGCACUAGCAGAUUCUGAGUGCAUUCGUUAAUUUUGGCAUUGUUUCCCACUGCACAGUGUUCUCAGUUAUUGGCGCAACAGGGGUGGCCCGGGGUUGGGGGGGGGGGCGAUGAUGCCACCGCCCGAGAAAAAAAAUAAUGCUGAGCAAUUUAGGACCGAUUUCUUAACAGGGAUCUUUGCUCAGCUUAUGGCGACAAUACAAUAGGGAAAACCAAAGUUAUAUAAACAUUGUGCAUUAUUGUACAGUGUAUUAAUAAUACCUCCGGGGGCGGGUGGACACCAUGAGUUGUACCGCACCGGGUGACACCAACCCUUGGUACGCCACUGAGAAUGAUAUCACGUCAAAAGCAAUGAGGCCUAUUUUCUACGCAACUAUGUGUUUCCGAAGCCAGAGGUUAGAAUAAAAUCCGAGGUCACUUGAUCUAUGCAGGCGUGCAUACCGCAUUGUUACCAGUGCAGGCCCCACUUUAUUCCAUCUAAUGUAAAUCUCAAAAUUAACUGCACAAGAUCAAAGGUUGCAAAAAAAAAAAAAAGGUUUAAAUAUUUAUUUUGAAAACAAUAGCAAAAAACUAAAUUUCCGCUUAUAAUCAGGAGAUGUCUAUACCAGAUAGACUACGUCAUAUACAUUUAUAAAUUUGAGUUUUGCAUUAUUCCCGUUUUGUCUGGUCGCCUCAUGUACAGUAGGUUUGGGACCAGAAUCACUUUCCGGUGUUUGUACGCAAUUAUGAUAUGACGUUCACAUUGCAUACGGAAAUAAUAAUAAUUAUUUAUUUAAAAAACAAGCACGGGUAGUUCGUAUAACCGAAGUUUUGGAUACAUGGUAUUCGGAAAAUCGACACUCUGGUGUACGGAAAAUUGGGGGGUGGGGGGGGAGCGGACUGGCAAAACUUGUGGAGCUCGUUCCAGGCGGUAUUUAGUCAAGGUUCGCCACUGUUUUUAUGAGCCCCACAAGUCUAUCAAAUAGCUGAGAACGACUGCACUGACAGGAGAUAGAAAGUGAUCUAGUUUAAAUUUAUCUUGGUGUCUUUUGACCGCUUAUAUUUGUCUCUAAACCUACCCUGCAAAUUUUUCUUUCAGAAUAAUUCAGAUGUCUACAGAAGGCCAAUACCCUUGUAGGUACGAUUAUUUGAUGGUCUAUGAUGGUAGAAACGCGAAUUCUCAAUUAAUUGGAACAUACUGUGGUAGUGAAAGAGCCGUCUUAAGAUCUUCUCGUAGCGCUUUGUAUGCCACUUUCAGAACGGACGGUUCUGUAACAUCAUCUGGUUUCAGUGUUAGCGUCUCUAACAUAGGUAGGUAACCAGACACGUUAUAUAGGUAACAGCGAAACCUUAUUAUUUUGUUAGUUUGUUUAUUUGUGGUUUUCACAUUGGAUUUUCUCCCCAUAUUUGAAGAUAAUCCUUGGUUAAAUCCAAAGAGUUUGGAGUCAUGAGUUUCAUUCUUUUACUUUCAUAUUACUGUUAAGCAUAAGAAUGAUCAGUGGCGUAGCUAGGGAAUGCGGGGGUGCGCACCACACAGGGUGACACCAUCUCAGGGGGUGACACCAAAUUAAAAAAAAAAAUUGCAUAUUUAAAGAGCACACACUGCUCAGUCUAACAGAAUUUCUUAUAAGGAUAACGGAUCACACUUACGUUUUUCACACAUGUUACCAAUCAAAAUGCGUGCUUUAUUAAAGUUCAAGGUUGUCAGAAAUAUAGUGAACAUACAAUCAAUUAAGUCAGAAAAACACCUCUUUGACCAUGAUUCAACGUGGAUUUAACAAGAAGAAAGCCAUCGUGGAAGUCGGGGGGAGGAGGGGGGCGGGGUUGACACCAUGAGUUUACCGCACCGGGUGACACCAUCCCUUGCUACGCCACUGAGAAUGAUAUAAAUUUUAGUGAAAAUAACAUUGAGAAAUUAUGAAAAUGUAGAUAGACAACUUUAGACAGCCAAUUUAAAGAACCAGGCAAAAAAGCAAACCAGCUUCCUUGACAUUCAUGAUGUCACUAUCGAAGAUGAUUUUCUUUGGCUUCCCAAGAGGGUCUCUCAAUUUAAUGCUUCCUCUAACUGUGCAUCUUUGCUUUGUGCCAGAAUUCUCUGAAUAUUAAGUUCUGGGGAAAAACAUAUUUUUUUCUUUAAUUAUUAAUUGGCUUUCCUUCAACAAUUAUAUCCGUAAAAACUGCUCGUUAAUUCCAUUAAUUUCUAUAAAUUAUAUUGUGUUGGUUUUAGCAGUUAUUUUUUUUACCAUCUGCUUAGUCCAAUGAACCAAUUGCUGACGAACACCAAUGUUAACCGUCUCUUACCUGAACUGAACUUCACACGACGAUUAUAAUUAUAGCCACACAUUUUUAUUUCCCGAACGAGGAUAAAAUAAACUUUUUUUUUUUUUCAAUGCAAUCAGGAUUUCUUUCAGGCAAAUCUGGGGGGGGGGGGGGAAGAACUGCCGGGAAAGUCAAGUGCCCCCCACCUUAGCAAAAUGAGUACAACGAUAUAAAGAUUAUAGACUAUACUUUUUUAAAAAAGAAAACUACUAAAUGUUCUUUUUUAUACAGUUUUAAAAAUAUUAAUAUCUGGUGCCUUUUACCGAUUAUAGUUAGUGGAAUAUAUGAAAUGUCUAUGCUGGAUAUAUUUGAUGAUCAGCAUAUUGAAAAAGUCUAAUCUUGUUAAAGACAUAUAUUUUUCGAUUAUAAAUAUCACACUGGCCGCUCCUGAUUAUAAAUCGAAGUCUUACUUUCAUGUAGUUCGCAUAUAUCGGUAUUUAAAAUAAUUUUUUUUUUUAACAUCACAAGUGUAAAGAUAAAAAUAACACCGCAUCAAUACCUCAUUAAUAUCACUGUCUACAAUUUUAAUUAGGGGUGUGCCGGAAUCCGGUCCGGAAUCCGGUUCCACCGUAUUUUGCACUAUCCGGUGAAAUCCGGUUCCGCCGGAUUUACAUGUAUCAGGAACAACCGGAAUCCGGAAUAUACCAGAUUUCGGAAUUUGCCAGAUUUUGUGACUCACCGUAUCAUAAUCUGAAAUAAAAGUAAUUCUCUUUCCCGAAUUCCACACGAUCACGAUACAUUAAUCAAUUGUUUGGAGCGUUGAGCUUGUUUAAUGUUUAAUAUUCCGAACAUACCAGAGGCUAGAGUCAGCACCGCUAAUAGUGGCCAGUGCCAAUAGUACUAACAUCCGGAAUCCGUGAGAAACCGGAAUCCGGAUUAUUCCGGAAUCUGGAUCCGGCGGAUUUCGCAUAAGAAAAUCCGGAUCCGGAUCCGGUUGGAAAAAACGGAUCCGGCACACCCCUAAUUUUAAUACUAAUUUUUGCUAAGUUUCAAACAUGCGCAAUCUAUUUUUAAAAAAAUAUUUCAUCAUAAAAGCAUGACUUUUAAAGUAGGGCUAAGUGUUGAUUAUACAUUGUAUGAUGGCGUUCUUCUUUAAAAAUAUUUCAUCAUAAAAGCAUGACUUUUAAAGUAGGGCUAAGUGUUGAUUAUACAUUGUAUGAUGGCGUUCUUCUUUAAAAAUAUUUCAUCAUAAAAGCAUGACUUUUAAAGUAGGGCUAAGUGUUGAUUAUACAUUGUAUGAUGGCGUUCUUCUUUAAAAAUAUUUCAUCAUAAAAGCAUGACUUUUAAAGUAGGGCUAAGUGUUGAUUAUACAUUGUAUGAUGGCGUUCUUCUUUAAAAAUAUUUUUAUUUGCAUAACUUUAAAUUUAGUCGACGUCAUGUGUGUUGAGUUAUACAAAAUGGAUAUUUAACGGACGCGUACAAAAAGUGUACAUUUCAUCAACUAUUAUAUGGAAAGAGUUUGUGUUUUCAUUUAAUAUGAUCUUUUUGUAACAAUGUUUCCUAUAUUACAGAGAUUAAAAAAAAAUAAAAAUACGUAGCCUAUAUUUAAUAUGACCCACCUAUUUGCACAGAUUUUGAAAUUUGUUUCUCUUUUCUAGAUAGAUAUCUUUCUGAAAAUUAAACAAAACAAAUCAAAGCAAAAAUAAAAAGAUUUUCGCGAACUAGCAUUUCGAUGAUCAAGUAAAUUCUAUUUCAAAAAAAAAUUAUUGGUACUAAAUCAAUGGUUCUUAACCUGGGUUCGACCGAACCCCAGGGGUUUGGUGAGGCAGUCUCAGGGGUUCGGCGGAGGUAAAAAAACAACAACAAAAAAACAGAAAUAAAUCAUUUUUUAAUUUUUCCUAUUAUAUGAAGGAUUCUGUGAAUGCGCAUAUGAAACUGGUGGGGUUCAGUAUCCCUAACAAGGUUAAGAACCACUGUACUAAAUUAAUAAAGAAUUAAGCAUGCUACCCAGACGACCCCACCAAUCAAGAUUAAUCGGCGCCCUCAAUUUCUGCCCUACUUCCCGAGGAAGAUGAGAGCCAGAAUGAUCAAUUCAUUGAUCGUGGGCCCUCAAAAUAAAGAAGAAGAAGAAGAUGAACGCCGAUGUUGGUAUCGCUUGAUACACUGCCUAGGGGCGCAGCUACCGUUAGUGCUGCUAUGGGCGGGAACAUAUUUUUGCCGUCCUCCCUUUCAAGAUACAAGGUCUGCAGUUGUCCGACAAUGCCAAACCUUCAUACAGAGCCGUUCUUAGGCAUAGGAAAAUUAGGCAACCCUAGGGCCCCACUACCAUGGGUGCCCGCAGAAAACUUUCUAGGGGGGGGGGCAAAAAAAAUCGAUUAACUUUCCAGGGGGGGCAAGUGCCCCACCUUGCCCCUACCUGCGGGCGCCCAUUCCCACUAAAAAGGAGGUUCCGGCGGGCUCUUUUUUUGUUGCCUACAACUUGAAAAUCCAUAUAUUUCAGAAAUACACAUUUUCUCUAGUGGCGGAAUUAUCAAUAUGGUUAGUGAUUACACGCAAGCAAAGAGGAAACAGUAACGAACGCAAAGUGGAGGUGCCGCAGUGGUUGGUGAUGCUUUCUCCUCUGCUUCGGGGGCCCCCUACAUGCGCUCCAUGCAUAGGGCCCCCAAAAUCUUAAGAAAAGCUCUGCUGCAUAUAUAGUGUUGGCGUCAGGGGAGAAGAUUAAUUUUUAUGCCUCCCCCCCCCACCCUCACCAUUCUGAAACUAACUAUUUUCAACCAUUAAAACAAUCAAAGCCCAUUUCCUCCUAGUCUGGCACCCCCGGGACACAUGCCCCUUAUAUGCCACCCCUUACCUACGCCUCUGGUCACUGGCAAGUGUCACAGCCCUCCCACCACCCCUAAAAUUUGAAUACCCCCCUCCCCCAGGGGAAAAAUGUCGGAAAGAAACACUGAAUGUGAUGGCCCUAGCAAUUAUCGUUUUGAGGACCGUUAAACAAAUUGUUAAAAAAAUCGCAGAAACAAUAAAUGAUGACGGACUAUUAUACAAUUCACUUUAAAAUAUACUAUGAACGUAUUAUAGAAUGUAAAAACAUCUCGUAGAUAAUAAGUCAGUAACAUCUAACCAACCACUGGCCUAUUAUUGAUACCAUACACACCCGCAGUUGGCUACGUAGAAUAGCGUCAAUACAGUGUGCGGUGGAGACAUUAAAUGUGAAAUUGAACAUUUCAUAGAGCUUGCGCGGGUCACUUUCUUAAAAAGAUUGCAAUUAAAUACAAGAGCUAGAUACCACUAGAACAGGGUGCCAUUAAACAGGUGUCAUGGCCUGUGUAUUGACCUAGUUUUUGUUGUUGUUUUGUUCACCACCAGCCGUGGCAAUCAACCCUAACUCCCCAUCCACCUUUUUUUAUUUUGAUGUCACUGAUUAAACCCUCGACCCAGUUUCAUAAGCAAUCGUAUAUAUUAAAAAAAAAACAACACAAGAUCAGGGUAUCGCCAAAACAGGGCGCCACCAGAAUUGGGUGCAUCCUUAACAAGAUGCCACCAGAAUUGUAACAUGAUUUGUUUUUCACUUUUAAAUUAAAUUCAUAGUCUCUCUAUAGUUUCUCAUAUUUUCAAAGGGUACGAUGCACUUAGUCCAUGUGUCCGUUCAGCUCAGUGCAAAAGUCCAUUGAUCUGCAAAAAUGGCCGAUGUGACUGCCCUGAUGAAUAUUUGAACUCUCAUACAGGCUUAUGUAACCCAAGUAAGGCAUGCAAGUCAUCUCCUAAUUGUUAAAAUAUUGUUAAUAAAGAAUGUAGUAUAUUUAAAAGCACUUUAAAAUAAACCAUACUUAUUAAGUAAGCAAUUAUAUAUGGGCUAAUAUUUGUAAAGAAAUAUAUAAAAUCAAUCAUUCAACCAUCAGCUAAUUAAAGAGUCAUAAAGCUGAUUUGUAAGAUACUAUUCUUUAUUUCUAUUAUUACUGAAUACUACUUUAAAAUUAUUAUUUUAUUUUUAAAUGCAACAAAAUAUUAUUUCUUCUUACAACAAAUAGGGCCUACAUUAUUUAAUCCACUUAGUAAAAAAAAAAUUAAAUUCAAAUAAAAUAGAGGAGUUUAAAUUUUGAAUUUUAGAUUUUUAAAUGAUAAUCCCAUUUAAUUUCGAAUUAAAUAAAUAUAUCAAAGAAUCAAAUUCUUUGGGUGAUUUUUAAAAAUCUGAGUCAGCAUAUCGGAAUUAAAAUUACUAUCUUUAAUUCUAUGAAAUACUUUUCUUAAAUUUUUAAUAUGUUAUGUUGUAUCAAAAUAUUUUUUUAAAUAUAUUAAUAAGUGUUAAAACACAAAUACAACAGAAAAUAAGAAAAAAAUUAGAAACUUCUUUCAUUUAUUUGACAGUAAAUAGAGUUGUAAUAUAAACUCUAAUAAGCUUAAUUUAAAGGAAGAUAUUUCAAUAAUACAAAAAAUUAUGAAUUUAAAAUAGUAUUUACUUAAUUACUUCUUAACAAAAAAUUGUUUACUUCUUCUUAAAAAAAACAAAACUAGAACAACCAGCUUACAGCGUGUGUAACAGACAUUCUGAAUGCCUAGAUACAUUAGUGUGCCUGGCUGGUAAAUGUAACUGCGAAAGGGAAAAAUAUCUGGAAAUUACUGAUGGAAGGUGUAAAAUAAGUAUGUCCUUUCAAAUGUAAUAUUCUAAUUGUGAUAUCAUGUUUUUAUUUUAAAAAGUCACGACAAACCACUAUUCAAAGUAAAAAAACGAAGAAACAUAAAUGUCAAUUGAUAAUUAAAUUUUGUUUGAAAAAAGCUUUAAAAAAAUAAUAUUAAUUAAUUCUUUUUACCGGGUAGCCUACUUGCUAAACCUUAAAAGUGUUAAAUUUUUCUAACAGAAAUUGGACAUCUAGGGAGCUGUAAUUCAACAAGUCAAUGUUCAGAAAGUUUAGCAUGCGUUGCCAGAGUUUGUGUUUGUACGACAGAGGAAUUUUAUAACACCAGUAGCAAUUUAUGCAACACUAGUAAGUCAGCCAUGACCUUUAAUUUAACUCAAAAUAUUUUCUUCAAAUUCAUAUUGUAUAGUGCAUGAACUAUUUUAUCAAUAAAAAAAUAAACAUUAUUCAUAUGGGAAAUAUUAUAUUCUCUUUAUGAAAUUAUAAAGGACGUAGUGCAAGAAACAUAUGUGCAAUGAACAGUCAAUGUAAAGCCACACUGAUAUGUAUAGAGGGAAAGUGUAAUUGUCAUAAAGACAAUUAUCUAGAUGAUUCCACAGGAUUGUGCAUACCAAGUAAGUGAUAUAUGUAUCAUUUAAUUUUCAUCUAGAUUCAAGAUAAUUGAUUAGGAGGACUCCGAAUUUUGUUCAUUUCAAUUAAUAAAUAUUUGAAGCUGCAUUUUCAACAAAGCUCUUUAAUGCAAUUUUUAUUUGAAUAAUAAAGAGAAAUAAUGAGGUUGAUAUAGCAUUUUGAAUGAAAUAAUAAGUUGUUUAUUAUGUUUUAUCAAUUCAAAAAUUUAAAUGGAAUAUAAAAAUAAUUCUAUAACAUAUUUCCUCCACCAUUAAAGUUUAAAAUAAAAGCUUUUUAAAAAGAUAUUUUUAAAAUGAGAUAGAAAAAAAACAACUAAUAUAUUAUUUUAAAAUUUUAAUUAAUUAUUCAUGAUAAAUUAAAAAUUUUUAAUAAAUUUUUUAUCAAGGGCAACCUGCAUAUGGCAUUUGUAGUAGCUCAUCUAAGUGCCAAGAAACACUGGUAUGCUUAGCUGGCAAAUGCAACUGUAUAAAAGAAAAUUAUUUGGACCCUGCUGAUGGGACAUGUAAAGCAAGUAUGCUCUGUUCUAUUUUCUCAUAUUAAUAAAUUAAUUUAAAAAAAUAUGUUAAUGUUAGCCAAGUUAAAGUGUAUAAUUUUAAAAAAAAAGUAUUUAAUACUAUUUUUAAAAUACAUUUAUCAGUUCAUUUUACUAACAAUAUGUAAACUAAUAACUUUUAUUUUUAUGUCAGGGAUUGGAAUUCAAGGAAAUUGCCAUUCAACAUCUGAGUGUGUUGAAAACUUAACUUGUGUCUCUGGGAUAUGUGAUUGUACUUUGGAAGAGUUUUAUAACACAAGUAGCAAUAUAUGUCACAUUAGUAAGAAAUCAGUAUUUGAACAAUAGUAAAUAAUCUCAUGUUUAGAUAUUUUACUUAAAUAAUGUCCUUUCUGACAAUAUUUAUAUUAAAUUUAAAAAGCUUCACCAUUGUCGCAUGAAACCAUGAAAAUUAUAUUAUAUAAUAUAUAAAUUACUAACUAAAAUAUGUUGGCAUGCCCAGAAUUACUCUGGAUAGCUAUAAUUUAUAAAAACAUUGCUGAGUGAAUAAUGCUUGCACUUUCUACAAUAAUAUAGGGCACAAAGUAUAUAGCUCAUGUGCUGAUUCUAAUCAGUGCCAGGAAACAUUGACAUGCACAGAUGAACACUGUGACUGUGAUAUAGAAAACUAUUUGGAAUCUUUGACAGGGCUUUGCAAACCAAGUAAAUAUCAAUAUGUUCAACUAUUCACAAUAUCAUGCAUUUAAUAAUUUUAUAUUAAAUAAAUACCUUUUAUGCACCACAUUUGUAGAUAGUACAAGAUAAACAACUUGUGACCAAAAUUAUAAUCUAGGAUUGUAUUAUGAUAAAUAAUAUAAUAUUGUUUUCAACAAAUUAUUUAAGGUAAUUAACACUAUUUGAAAGUUUUGUGUAAGGAAAGUGUUGAUUGAAUAAAAUGAAUUCACAUAUCAUAUGAAAAUAUUAAGGCUGAUGUCUCAAAUAACUUCCCAAUUUUGCCAAUAUCUUUUUUAAGGACUGCCUGCCUUUAGUGCAUGUAGUAAUUCAUCACAGUGCCAAGAAACAUCAGUUUGUUUGGAUGGUAAAUGCAGCUGUCUGAAAGAAAAUUAUUUGGAUAUGAGCGAGGGCAAUUGUAAAUCAAGUAUGUUGUAUUUUUAAUUCAUACCUAAAAUUACAGAACAUUGCGUCAAUGUUAACAAAUCUGAAAUUUUAUUAAUAUCAUGACUGUAUAAAGCAGCAGUUCUCAACCUUUGGUCGUGACACCUUUAGCGAAAGAAUGACCCUUUCACUGGGGUGGCCUAGGGCCAUUGUAAAACAAAUAUACCCUACAGCUAUGAAGUAGCAACGAAAAUAAAUUUGUGGUUUGGGGUCGCCAUAACAUGAGGAAAUAUAUGAAAGGGUCGCGGCAUUAGAAAGGCUGAGAACCACUGGUUUAAAAUAGAGCUGAAAAUGGUGAUUCCAUCAACAAUAGAUUUAUAAAUGUCUUUUAUUUUAAUAUGUUCAGAAAUCCAAUGAUGGAUGAAAGAGAGUUGAAUUGUAAUAUUUGCAAAUAUUUAAACUGUAUCGUGUUCAUAUUGUUAAUUAAAAAAAUAAUCUUACUUGAUGUCACUGUUUGUAUUAAGUUAUAUUAUAUGUUAAAAAUAAUAGUCCAUACCUUAGGUUUCAAACAGUUCACAAUAAUAUACAAAAAUAAAAAUAGAUUGCACAGAAACAAGAUAUAUUUUGAAUCAUAUCAAUUAAAUCUCAAUUUCUAUAAUAGGCCUAUAUAUGUACCAAAUCUUGAUCUACACUACUAGUUUUUUUUUAUCAACCUUCUAUAGAGUUGUUCCCAACCUGACCAAAUCAAACAUUCCCAUUGGUCAGUCUUUAUGUCCCAAUACUCUGUAUAUAUGCACAGGGAAUAUAGAAUAUUAACUACAUCAGUUGUCUCCAAUCGUGGUUCACAAAUUCAUUAUGAUAUCAGUGACGAUUACAAAACGUUAACAGGGAACAAAAAGGAAGGAAUUUGCCAGUCAACAACACAAUGUGCAGAAAGUUUAACAUGUGUCUCUGGAAUAUGUGAUUGUUCAUUUGAAGAGUUUUACAACAGAACUAACAAUUUUUGCGAAAAAAGUAAGUAAAAUGGUAUGUUGAUAAAAUAAUAUUGGUAUCUUAUUAUCUUAUAUUCGGAAAAAUGGACCACACUGUUGUUUCUUGUUUUAGCUGUAUCUUUCUUUUAUUUUUACAUUUCCAUGAGUGUAAAUUAUAUUUUAAAUGUGUUUAUAAUUGAAAUCUAUCUUUUUAAAAAUAAUUUCAAAACAAAAAUAUUUCCUAAACAAAAAAGGGCACAGUAGUUACAGUACAUGUGUUGAAUCUACUCAAUGCAAAGCUACACUGAUCUGUAUAGAAGGGAAAUGUAAUUGCUCUAUAGAUAAAUAUUUGGAAUCUAAUACAGGACUCUGCCAAACAAGUGAGUCUAAGUUUUAGCUUGUUAAAAUUAAUUUAUGUAUCCAUUUUUGUGAUAAAAACAAAUAUUUCACUCUUAAUUUCUCUUUUAAAUUAAAGAAUUGCACUUACAAUUUCUUUUUUUAUUUGAAGGGCUUUCUAAAGAAAAAGGAUGCAACUUCUCAAAUCAAUGCACAGAUAAUUUAAAUUGUAUUUCUGGACUGUGUGAUUGUAAUGACAACCAGUUUUAUGAUAUCAGCUCAAAGAUUUGUGUUUCAAGUAAGUUUUUUUUAGAUAUAGUUAUUUAACACCAAAUAGAAAAUAUUUUAACUUAAAAUUUUUUAAAUUCUUAUUCAUAAUGUCAUGUGUAAUAUUUAAAUAUUUAUUUCUAAUUAUUCUAUUUAUAGGGGGUUCUGCCUUCAGUCCAUGUAAUGCCUCAUCUCAAUGCAAAAAUAAUUUAACUUGUAUUAAUGGCAAAUGUAACUGUACACAAGAGCAGUAUCUUAACACUGAUAAUGAUAUUUGUAAAGCACGUAAGUAUUCCUUCCUCAUACUUAUAACAGAAAUGAAAAAAAAUAUUUAAACAGAGUUUUGUUUUACAGAAAUAAAGAUAAUAUUAAACUUAAAUCUUUUUAAUAUGAAGCCUAGGAGUUAUUCAAGAACAGAAAUAUAAAAUCUGAAAAUAAGAUAAAGUGCUUUAUAUCUUAAAGCAUCCCAUUUCUCAUAUAGGUUUGGACCCAUUUAAUUACUGUGAGGACACUCUCCAAUGUAAAGCUUCAUUAAAUUGUAUAAAUGGAAGAUGCAACUGCACAAGUGAUACAUUUUUGGAGCCUGAUUCAGGAAUUUGCAAAUUAAGUAAUCAAUAUUUCUUUUUGUGUGGUUGUUUAAACUAACAAAACAAACCCUGUUAUCAUAUAUAUUUAAGUCAAUUUUUAAAAAAAAAUGUUUUAUGUAAACAUCAGUCAACUUCCAGAUUGAAAAUCUUUCAUGUUGAAGAAGGUUAAUGUUAUUUAAUUGUUUUUAAAAAAAGUUGCGAAUCAGCCACUGUAAAAUAUUUAAAUUAACGAAUAAUUUAACUAACUCUCAGCUUCUAAGAAUAUUUAGAAAGAGGGACAAACAAAGAUUAGUAAUAUUUAAAUUUUAAACAGGAUUUGCUGCCUACAGUGUUUGUGAAAACUCCCUUGAGUGUCAGGACACACUGGAUUGUUUGGCUGGCAAAUGUAGCUGCAAAAGAGAAAGCUACUUAGACAUUUUUAAUGGAAAAUGUAAAUCCAGUAAGAAGAGUGAUGUUUGGUUAGUUAAUUGUUUGCCAGAAGUUAACUGUUAGAACAGUAAUGCAAGAAAAGAAAGUUUAAACUACGAACAAAUGGAAUCUGUAACCCUUUACCAUUAUUUGUACUGAUCAGAGGUUAAAAAGAAGAUUUAAUGUUUAGAAAAAAGUUAUUAUUUGCAAAUUUUAAGUUUUAAAAAUGAAAAUUCUAUUUAUAAUGCAGGAUUUUAGUUAUAGACCUAAAAAUAUUUGAAGCAGACAUCUUUAAAAACAAUAAUAACCAAGUUGACAAUCAUUUAAUAUGUUAAUAUAUAGUUUAGAAUCAAUAAGUUUUCAGUUUCAAUCAGUUUGAAUCCUAAACUUUAUUUCUAUUAAAAAAGAUUCAUUUAUUAAAUUAAUUCUUGAUCAUUCAUUUAUACAUUUAAAAUAAAUCAAUUUAAAUAUGUGUAAUUUAUUUACCUUUUGUCAGGAAUUGAUUAUGGAGGUAACUGCAGAUCAUCUAUUCAAUGUUCGGAAAGUUUAAGCUGUGUCUCUGGAAUUUGUGAAUGUUCAUUAAAAGAGUUUUAUAACAUCAGUAGCAUGAAUUGUCAGACCAGUAAGUAAAAAGUCAAGCUUAAUCUAUUAUUUGAGUAGUGCUAAAGUCUUGAGCUUUGACUAUGAAUAAAGUUCACCAAAUGUUAAUUAUAAAAAAAAAAUAAUUUUGAUAGUUUGUAAAAAAAUUCAAGGUUAUCUCAUAAACAAAUAAAAAGUUAUCUCAUAAUCUUUGCUCAGUGUCUAAAUAUACUUAAUAUAAUUAGAAUGUAUUUUUCUCCCUUUUUAAUAUUACAAAAGAAUACAGCGCUUACAGCUCAUGCACCAAUUUCUCUCAGUGCAAAGCCACAUUGGUCUGUGAAAAGGGAAAAUGUAAUUGCUCCAAUGAAAAUUACUUGGAAUCAAAUACAGGACUUUGCAAAGCAAGUAAGUCUUUCAUAGUUUAUUUUAUCCUUUUUUACAUUGUUAUUUAUAAAUGAGAUAAAUCUCUUCUUUUAAUUUUAAGAAUAUAUAAAAGUUAAUAUAAAACAUCCAGUGCAUGGUUUAGCGUGAGUAAAUAUGCCUUGUCAGCACUUUCAAAAAAAGUCCCCAAUCACACACAGCAUUUAUGUCUUAACCUCAUAAGUGUUGAACAGAUCUCUUUCAAUAUAGACUUUUCCCUGUGUAUUCUUCUGCAUCCAGCCAUUUUUAGUUUAAAGAAAUAUUAUUUGUGUCCCUAUUUUUUUUCUAAAUACUUGCAAUCAAUUUUACAACUUUUCUGUGCUAACUUCUUUACAUUUUCACAGCAUUUGGAAAAGAAGGAAAGUAUAAUUUUUAUUAUUAUACUUGUAAUAUGAAAAGUGUUUUGAAUCUAUCUAAAGAUUUAUUUUGCUUCUAAAUUCUCUUUUUGUUAAUAUAAUCAGAACUCCCUGCAUACAGUACAUGUGACAACUCACCACAGUGCCAAGAUACAUUGGUCUGCUUGGCUGGCAAAUGUAAAUGUAUCAAAGACAAAUUCUUGGACAAUCUUGAUGGACAGUGUAGAGCCAGUAAGUUGAGUUAUUUUUGCUAUUUUUAAUUUUAAGGGCAUUUGAUGUGAAUUUAUUUUAUGCAGUAAGGUUUCAAUUUUAAAAAGGAAAAUAAAUGAAAAGCAAUGUUGAGAUUAGAGGCCGACCGAAUUUUGUUUCGGCUUCGGUUUCGGCGCCGAAAGUGGCCAUUUUAUCACUUUCGGCCAAGUUUCGGUUUCGGCCAAAACUGAAAAGUUAACUUUCGGUUUUUCUUCGGUUUCGGCCGAAAUUGACUUAGACUUUCGGCCAUAUGGCCGAAAGUGACUCAGGUUUACCGUCAUCUGAUACUCAGCAAAAGCGAUUUUUAACAACAAACUAAGCGACAUUUAAGAACAAAUUAAGCGAUCUUUGAGAACAAACUAAACGAUCUCAAAGAACAAACUAAGCGAUCUUUAAGAACUAUCUAAGCGAUCUUUAAUAACAAACUAAACGAUCUCAAAGAACAAACUAAACGAUUUCUUAGACCGAACUAAAUGAUCUUUAAGAACAAAACAAAUGAUCUUUCAUAGUACACUAAAUGAUUUAUAAGAAUAAACUAAGCGAUCUUUAACAGAAAACUAAAUGUUCUUUAGGAACAAACUAAAAGAUCUUUAAGAACAAACUAAUCGAUCUUAAGGAACAAAAUCAAUUAUCUUUAAGAACAAACUAAGCAAUCUUUAUGAAAAAAACUAAGCGAUCUUUACAACAAACUAAGCGAUCUUUACAAACAAACUAGAAGAUCUUUAAGAACAAACUAACCGAUCAAUAACAAAAAACUGGACGAUCUUUAACAAAAAACUAAGCGAUCUUUAAGAACAAACUAAACGAUCUUUAAUAACAAAACAGGCGAUCUUUAUGAACAAACUAACCGAUCUUUAAGAAAAAAUAAAGCGAUCAUUAACAAAAACUGGACGAUCUUUAAGAACAAACUAAGCGAUCUUUAAGAACAAACCAAACGAUCUUUAACAACAAACUAAGGGAUCUUUAACAACAAGCUAAAUGAUCUUUAACAACAAACUAAGUGAUCUUUUAGAACAAACUAAACGAUCUUUAACAACAAACUAAGCAAUCUUUAACAACAAGCUAAGCGAUCUUUAAGAACAAAUUAAGCGAUCUUUAAGAUUAAACUAAGUGACAUUUUAGAACAAUCUAAGCGAUAUUUAUGAACAAACUCACCGAUCUUUAAGAAAAAACUAACCGAUCAAUAACAACCAACUAAUCGAUCUUUAAAAACAAAUUAAGCGAUCUUUUAGAACCAAAUUUUUUAGAGACCAGGUUUAAAAAUAUAAUAUUUUGCAUUAAUUUCCCCUCCCCCUCCCACCCCCCCCCCACCCAAUUUUUGCCAAAUUUUCUCCUACCAUACUAAUUUUAAAAAAAAAUUGUAAAGCAAUUUUAAUUACUUUUAUAUUAAAAUGGUAAAAUCCAAAGUAUUCAUUAGAUCAAGGGUCUCAAACUCAAAUCAUGGGGGGCGGGGCGCAAGAGGUAGUGUCUGAAUGAGAGUGGGCCGCAUCAAGUAAUCCACAAAAAAGCGAUUACAACUGUUACAAUCUGCUCAACCUUUAUAAAUAACAAUAAAAUCAUUAAGGGUUCUUAUAACUAGGAGUCACUUUCAUCCACCUACUCACUGUUGCCAGAGACCUGGCAUACAAAAAUAUAUAGAAACAUUUAAAAAAAUAAUCAGUAUUAGAUUAGUCAGUGUGAUUCGACUGAAACCGUCGCGGAGAGUCACGUUAUAUUGUCUUGCGAGUCACAAAUGGCUCGCGGCUGCGAGUUUGAGACCCCUAUAUUAGAUGUUUAUUAAUAUUCACGAUUAUCUCAUUUUUUAUAAAAAGAAUGUCAAUAUUUAUACUUUCCCACAUCAUUUUCGAUGUAUGCAGAAUGUAUGCUGGAACGAAUUUCAAAAUAUCUUAAUAUUUCAGUUUCGGUUUCGGCUUUGGUUUCGGCAAAAAUUCAUUUUUAACUUUCAGCCUUUUUUCGGUUUCGGCCGAAAAUCAUUUUAAAUUUUCAGCCUAUUUUCGGCUUGGGCCGAAAUCAGAAAAUCAAUUUCGGUCGGUCUCUAGUUGAGAUAAUAAAAAAAGAAACAGAAAAAAAUGUAAAAUACUUUUUUGAACAAAAAAUUGAUCAGGAGAGUUAAAAGAAAAACAAAAUAUUCUGUUUGCAAAAUUUUUAUUUUGGAUUAAUUUACCUUGAUCUCUUGGUAUUUUCAUUUUGAGCUGAAAUUCAUUAAAGUAGAUUUAUUAAUUAAAGCUAAGAAAUAUGUGUUCUACGAUCUCAUUUAUUUGUACAUAUUAAUGUGAGAAAAUAUUUUUACCUUUUUUCAUGACAAGUUUUUACCAAACUUUAAAAAAAUUAUAUACUCUGUAAUAUGUUAAAAUAAAUCAAUUUGAAUAUUUGUAAUUUAUUUAUCUUUUGUCAGGAAUUGAUUAUGGAGGUAACUGCAGAUCAUCUAUUCAAUGUUUGGAAAGUUUAAGCUGUGUCGCUGGAAUUUGUGAUUGUUCAUUAAAAGAGUUUUAUAACAUCAGUAGCAUGACUUGUCAGACCAGUAAGUAAAAAGUCAAGCUUAAUCUAUUAUUUGAGUAGUGUUAAAGUCUUGAGCUUUGACUAUGAAUAAAGUUCACCAAAUGUUAAUUAUAAAAAAAAUUAAUUUUGAUAGGUAUUGACAUUUUGAGGAUGAAGUCUAAAAUAGUUUGUAAACAAAUUCAAGAUUAUCUCAUAAACAAAUAAAAAGUUAUCUUAUAAUCUUUGCUCAGAGUCUAAAUAGGCUUAAAAUAAUUAGAAUGUAUUUUUCUCCCUUUUUAAUAUUACAAAAGAAUACAGCGCUUACAGCUCAUGCACCAAUUCUUCUCAGUGCAAAGCUACAUUGGUCUGUGAAAAGGGAAAAUGUAAUUGCUUCAAUGAAAAUUACUUGGAAUCAAAUACAGGACUUUGCAAAGCAAGUAAGUCUUUCAUAGUUUAUUUUAUCCUUUUUUACAUUGUUAUUUAUAAAUGAGAUAAAUCUCUUCUUUUAAUUUUAAGAAUAUAUAAAAGUUAAUAUAAAACAUCCAGUGCUUGGUUUAGCGUGAGUAAAUAUGCCUUGUCAGCACUUUCAAAAAAAGUCCCCAAUCACACAAAGCAUAUAUGUCUUAACCCCAUAAGUGUUGAACAGAUCUCUUGCAAUAUAGACUUUUUCCUGUGUAUUCUUCUGCAUCCAGCCACUUUUAGUUUAAAGAAAUAUUAUUUGUGUCCCUAUUUCUUUUCUAAAUACUUGCAAUCAAUUUUACAACUUUUCUGUGCUAACUUCUUUACAUUUUCAUAGCAUUUGGAAAAGAAGGAAAGUAUAAUUUUUAUUAUUAUACUUGUAAUCUGAAAACUGUUUUAAAUCUAUCUUAAGAUUUAUUUUGCUUCUAAAUUCUCUUUUUAUUAAUAUAAUCAGAACUCCCUGCAUACAGUACAUGUGACAACUCACCACAGUGCCAAGGUACAUUGGUCUGCUUGGCUGGCAAAUGUAAAUGUAUCAAAGACAAAUAUUUGGACAAUCUUGAUGGACAGUGUAGAGCCAGUAAGUUGAGUUAUUUUUGCUAUUUUUAAUUUUAAGGGCAUUUGAUGUGAAUUUAUUUUAUGCAGUAAGGUUUCAAUUUUAGAAAGGAAAAUAAAUGAAAAGCAAUGUUGAGAUAAUAAAAAAAAGAAACAGAAAAAAAUGUAAAACACUUUUUUGAACAAAAAAUUGAUCAGGAGAGUUAAAAGAAAAACAAAAUAUUCUGUUUGCAAAAUUUUUAUUUUGGAUUAAUGUAACUUGAUCUCUUGGUAUUUUCAUUUUGAGCUGAAAUUCAUUAAAGUAGAUUCAAUUAAUUACAGCUAAGAAAUAUGUGUUCUACGAUCUCAUUUAUUUGUACCUAUAUAUGUGAGAAAAUAUUUUUACCUUUUUUCAUGACAAGUUUUUACCAAACUUUAAUUAAAAUUUAUACUCUGUAACAUGUUAAAAUAAAUCAAUUUAAAUAUGUGUAAUUUAUUUUUCUUUUGUCAGGAAUUGAUUAUGGAGGUAACUGCAGAUCAGCUAUUCAAUGUUCUGAAAGUUUAAGCUGUGUCUCUGGAAUUUGUGAAUGUUCAUUAAAAGACUUUUAUAACAUCAGUAGCAUGACUUGUCAGACCAGUAAGUAAAAAGUCAAGCUUAAUCUAUUAUUUGAGUAAUGUUAAAGUCCUGAGCUUUGACUCUAAAUAAAGUUCACUAAAUAUUAAUUAUAAAAAAUUUAAUUUUGAUAGGUAUUGACAUUUUGAGGAGGAAGUCUAAAAUAGUUUGUAAAAAAAUUCAAGGAUAUCUCAUAAACAAAUAAAAAGUUAUCUCAUAAUCUUGGCUCGGUGUCUAAAUAUACUUAAUAUAAUUAGAAUGUAUUUUUCUCCCUUUUUAAUAUUACAAAAGAAUACAGCGCUUACAGCUCAUGCACCAAUUCUUAUCAGUGCAAAGACACAUUCGUCUGUGAAAAUGGAAAAUGUAAUUGCACACAUGAUCAUUAUUUGGAUUUAAAUACAGUUCUUUGCAAAGCAAGUGAGUACUUCAUAUUUUAUUUAAUUUUAUGUCUCAUUGCAUUUAAAACUUCAAUCUACUCUUUAUAUUUGAAGAAUAUUUACAAAAGGAAAUAAUUCAUACAAUGAAUGACAUGAGUAAAAUUGUAUGUGUGUAAUCCCAAAAUAUGACAAGUGCCCCAACACACAUUAAAUUUUUGUCUAAGCCACAAAAGUGCCUAUAAGUGUAUUUGCCCUCUUUACAUGACAAUGGAUUUUCUUAAGUCUUAGUCAGUCAUUUUAAUGACUUGAUAAAUAUAAAAUAAUUUUUCUUCUUUUUUUGUUUUUUUAUUAAGAGCUUCCAGCAUACAGCAUGUGUGACAACUCAUUCCAAUGCCAAGAUACAUUGGUAUGUCUGGCUGGAAAGUGUAACUGUGUCAAAGAGAACUUCUUGGACAUUUCUAAUGGAAUAUGCAAAGGCAGUAAGUUGAGAUAUUUUUCUAGGUUUAAUAUUAAAGGCAAUUUCUAGUUGUUAAAACCAAAUUCAUGUUUUCAUAAGAAAAUGAUGAGAUCUUUAAGGCGAGUGAACAAUUAUGUGUAAUUUACAUAGCCACAUUUUAUCCCUUGAAGUAUUUAGAAGCAGCCUUAAAAAAAGUGGUCAAAACUCGGUGUUAAAUACUAUAACUUGCUUUCAUCAUUUUUAAAGAUUUUUCUAUUGAUGAUUAAGUAUCUCUUCUCUGAAAAUGUUUGUAUGUAAUUUAGGCUAUCGGUUCCACUUAAAUAUUAUAUUUAUAAAUUUACUUAUAUAUUAUCUGUUAGGGUUUGGAGCUCAAGAAAGAUGCAAUUCAACAACACACUGUAAAGAAAGUUUAACAUGUUUAUCUGGAGUUUGUGGUUGUACUUUUGAAGAAUUUUAUAACAUCAGUACACAUUCCUGUCACAAUAGUAAGCUUAAUUGCUGCAUUAUUAAAGUAGGAAUUUAAACAUCUGAAAUAUAAAAUAUAAAUAUGAUUCAUAAAAAAAAUCUUCUAAACAAUUCCUUUGAGUACUUUGCUUUUAACCUAUUUAUUUGUGUAAAUUGAUUGAAUUUAUGGUAGGAACUUCACCAAAUGAGAGAUUGAAAACAACUUUUUUUGUGGGGUAACUCAAGAUACAAAAAACUCACUUUUCAAUAAACUACAAAAGGGUGUGGAUGUUUCAUAGUCAAAAUCCAUCAUACACUAAUAUACUUGUUACCAUAAUUAAAGUAGGAUACAUGAUAUUCUUUUUGAAUUAUAUUAAAAUGUAUUAUUAAAAGAAUUGAACUUACAAUAGGUUAUAUUUUGAGUCAUUGCCUUUGAGGUAUAAUAGUGUAAACUCUGCAUUGUUCAUAAAAAUAUCUUAAUGAAGCUAAAAUUAUUUUUACAUGUUGUUGUUACUCUUGUUUAACAUUCACAUUGUUUAGUGUACAGAAUCGUUUACACACACACAUUUACAACGUUUUCAAGAGUUAAUAAGGAAAAAAAAUGCAAAUCCUCCAUAGAUCAGCUUUAUAUGCAUUUCAGGAUUCUGGGAUUGUAUUAAAAGCCAAUAUUAUAAUCCCAUUUCUAAAUUGGGCAAUAAAAUAGUUCCAUUUUAGUAGUUAAUUAAAUAUAAAUUAAAAAAUGCAACUAUUGAUAAAAGGAAUCAAUCUGAUUUUUUUAAAAGGUCUAAACAAAAUAAUAAUCAAUAUUAUUCAAUAGUAUUCAAUAGUAUUCAAUUGUGUAUAAUAGUAUUAUAUUUUUUAUAAAAAUAUUAUAUUUUUUAUAAAAAUAUUAUCAUUUAUCAUUUAUGAUGCAUUUAAUUAUUUCAAAAAGUAUUGUCUGCCUUCAGUCUUUGUAAUGUUUCAUCUCAGUACAAACAUAAUGAAAUGUGUAUUUGUGGCAGAUAAAAUUGUUCAUUAAAACUUUAUCUGAGUAUAACAGAUGCCGCUUGUCAAACAAAUGAGCCCUUUAUGUACAGGGUGGGCCAAUAAAAGUGAGAACAUCUCGUAGCGUAAUUAGAUAACUCAUCUCAUAUCCAAUUUUUUGAAAUUAUCUUUAGGGUUCGGUGCAUUAACUGAAUGUAAAGACUCUUCUCAGUGCAAGGCAACAUUAAGCUGCAUCAAUGGGAGAUGUAACUGCACGGUGGAUACAUUCUUUGACUUGCCUUCUGGCACCUGUCAUUUGAGUAAAGCGAUUUUUUAAUUUUGCUGUUAUUAUUGGAUAGAAUAUGGUGAUAUAAUUAUAAUCAAGAAAAUUUAAGCAGAAAUUAUUACUUUUUAAGAUGAGAAAUAUUUCAUACAUUAUAUUUUUGACAGGGCUCAGUCAUAGAAGUAAGUGUCAAAACACUUCUCAAUGCUUAGAAAAUUUCAAUUGUGUAAAUGGAGCUUGUGAUUGCAAUCCAGGACAGUUUUAUAAAAAUAGCUCCAAAUCAUGCAUUACAAGUGAGUAUUUUAUUAUUUGUGUUUGCGGCAUUCAUGAAGAAUUUUUUUAAUAGCACAAUUUUUUGAAUGUUGGAACAAAAAACUUGACUUGAUAUGUAUUUUUAGUAAAUAAUCUUAAAAUUAAAUUUUGAAACAGCCAUUCUUUCUUCCAAUCACUUUGUGUCUUUAUUUAUUAACAGUGUCUAUGUGUACACUACUUUGUUUGCAGAAAUAACAAGAUGGAAUAAAUGCAACUCAACCAGGGAAUGUAUUGACACUUUAACUUGUGUUUCUGGUGUUUGUGAUUGUACAUUUGAACAGUUUUUUGAUAGCAAUGUCAGACGGUGUAGUAUGAGUAAAUAACAGUACAUAUAAUCAUCUAUCAUACCAUUAGAAAAUAAUGAUAUGGAAAUCUGUUACAUUAAAAUUUGUAUAUUCAUUAUGUUAGGUAAAAUAUUUUAAUUUAAUUAUUUAUAAGUUUAUAAAUAUGAAAUUUUAAAAAAAUUACUUAUAAUGACAUAGAUUUUAUACAUUGAAAAAAUGACCAGAGUAACUAAUAUUUUCUAUUCAUUAAAUUCAUUUUUUUGUUUUCCUUACAGGGUUAAAAGCUUUUAAUCCAUGCACUAGUUCAACUCAUUGUAAAGAAACACUGACAUGUGUGGGAGAGAAAUGUGUGUGUAUGAAGGACAAUUUUUGGGAUCUUAAUUCAGAUUCCUGUAAACCAAGUUAGUUUUUUUUUUAAUGGAUUUGUCAAUACUGGUUCUACUUUCUUUCUCCAUAUUAAGAUUAGGUUAACCAUUAAUAUAUUUCCACCAGGAAAAAUUUCAAGCAUGAAAAUAAGCUGUCUAGUAUUAAUUUUUCUUUGAAUUUGGUGCUGGCAUUGCAUCUAGUAUGAUAUAUUUUGCUGUUUUGUAUUUAUUCUAAAUUGUACAAAAGCAUAUUUCUAACUCUGCACAUUAUUACAGCUAAGUUUAGAUACUCAAUGAUAGGUGGACUACCGGGACUCCCCCUACUUUGAAACAAAAUACUACUCAAAAUUUGGUCAUUUUUGAAUGUGGAGGACAAGCAAUACAUAAAUAAUACAUGCUAGAAUCCCACUGAAGCAAACUAUAAAUAUAUUUCAUCUAUGAAGAUAAGGGUUGUACUCUAAUCAGGGUUAUUCAUGGGGAUGGGGGCAAAGGGGUCACCCACCAUGUAUGCAAAAUUCAGAGGGUCCAAAAUUGUCAUUUUUCAAUAAAAAAUAUGUGUAUUAAUAAAAUAUAUUCAUUUUGGGAAAGAGUGUGCCUGACUUCAGCAUUUGGCUAGUCACAGUUUUUGAAUGGCACAGCACUGACUCUGAUAAACUUUGUUCAAUCUCAUUAAAUACUCUUGUUUUUUUAAAACAUAGAACUUUUAAAAGAACAGUCCUGUAAUGAAACCAGCCAAUGUUUGGACAAUCUCACUUGUGUUCAUGGUUUCUGUGACUGUACAGAAGAUCAAUUCUAUUUUGCUAAUGAAACAUUUUGUCACACAAGUAAGAAUAAAUGUUUUAAGUCUUCAUACAUUUGUCACUUUGCUUAAAGAAUGAGGAUUAAACUAUUCUGUGAUCAUUUAUUGUCAAGUUUUCUUCUAAAAAAAAAAUCAAGUAUGGAGUUUUUUUUAUUAUUAUAUAUUUAAAUUUUUAACUGAACUAAUUAAAAAAUAACAAAUAAAAAUUUUAAAAGUUACAUUUUUGCAACUAUUGGUCUUUAAAUUAUAAAAACACAUUUUUAGUAAAUUUAUAAAUUACAAUAUCAAAGUAAUUCCAAUUAAAAAUCUUGCACAAUGUAAAGCAUGAAAGAGUUUAUCCCAGCAAAGUAAAAGUUACAUUAUCCUAUUAAACAAGUUGUAUUGAUAGUGUCUGUCUGUGAAAAUGUGUAAUUUUCUUAGUUCCAAUUUUGUAUGCAAGAAGAGUAUGAAAUAAAAAUAAUGAAAGUAAAUUAUGUUAUUCAUGCUGAAAUUUAAAAUCCCAUAUAUUUUAAAAAUUUUUUGUUUCAAUGAACUUUUUGGAAUGGUUUCAAAAUAUAUGACUAAGAGUUGAAGCUUUUAGUUAUAGUUUCUAUAAAUUUAAAAAAUGUGUAUUGCUAACAAAUUUUAAAAUGUGUAUUGUCCAGAGCACAGUUAGAAUCUAGCUUAUUUAAUUGAAAUCAAUUACUUUAGAAACUUAUUUUACAUCACACACAAAGUUUGAACUUAAAAUUGUUAUUGCCAACUAUUUAUUAUUUUUUUGGUUCUUUCAAUUUUUUGUGUGUUUACUUACUUAUAAUGGACCAUAUUUGAUAUUUUGUGAUUAAAUUAAUGAGUGGCACAUUAAAGAAGUAUUUGUAUUAUUACAUUUUUAGAAUUUGGAGAUAAAAGCGUAUGCAACAUUUCAUCACAAUGUUACCAAAAUCUGGAGUGUUUCAAUGGUAUAUGUACGAGUGGAGAAAAUUCAUCCAAAUUAAGUGUGUGAAUUUGAGUAAUUUUAAUUUUCUUACUUACAGUUACAGGAGAGAUUAAUUCAUUUAGAAAUAAUUUAAUUGUUUGUUAUAGAUUGUUGGGUAGGUAUAGGUGCAACGUUGGGAUGUAAUCCAAAAAUAUUAUAGUAUUUGUUGGGUUUUUCAUUAUUUAAUUCAAUAUAUUGAAUAUAGCAACACGUUUUUAAUUAUUAAGCCAAGUUUUUAUAUUGGAUUUCAGAAUUUAAUAUUUUCUACAUUGUUGGCAUUGCUAUUGGUGGAUCAAUUUUUCUGGUUGUUAUUAUAACCACUCUUAUAGUGAGAAGAAGGUAAGAAGAAUUAAAAAGUUAUUAAUUUAACAAAUAUUAAUAAAAUGUACAUACAAAAUUAAAAGCAUGUAAUACAAAGUAACUAAUGAGAGGAAUGUCACUUUGACACUUUUUAGGCCAAAACACUUUGUUGGAUUUAAAAUGUUCUAACAUGUUAAACUUCUUUUAGUUAUUAACUCUCCCUUACAUUAAAGGCUUAAAACUCUACCUUUGUGAUCAGCACUCAACACACCUACUAGAUUUGCAAGUAUCUCAAUAAUGAAAGAGAUACAAUAAAUCAUAUAGUAAAAUAUAAUAUCCAAUUUAUAAAUUUUAUAAUUUGGAAGGAUUAUUUUUUUCUAUUAUUUGAAACUAAUAUCAGUAAAUAAUUAUUUAUGAAAUAUGAUUUAGAAAUGCUGCCAUAUAAAGCUAAGAAAUAAAUCGACCUUUUUCUUUUUUCAUAAUGCUGCGUUAUAUAUAUAAUGAGUAAAAAAAAGAAAUUAUUCAAACAAUAUUUGUAUUGUUUUGAAUUAGAUCAAUCUGCUUGAAUUUAAAUAAAAAAAAGAGUCAAAUAUCAAAUAUUCAAGGAGCAGGGCUUUUAAAAAAUUUCAAUUAUGAAUUUUAAAAAAAAAUAUAUUAACAAUAAAAAGAAUAUUUCUCUAAAAAUUAUUUUUAAUUGAUAAAUUUUCUUUAUUUUAUUUAAAGAAAAAUAUGCAAAGUUUAAGUUUAUGUCAAAAACUAAAAUUUGUAGAAACUUUUGAGAUUAACAGCUACAGCUCCAAAAGUAAAUGUUUUUUUUUGUAUUAUAAAAACGUUUUACACAAAUGAUCAUAUCAGAUCCAAAUAAAUGUGAAAGUACGGAAUAAUAAUUGUUAUUAAACUAAUUUCACUGCAGUAUCCAUUAAAGGCACCAUUACAGUGAUCUAAAUAAUCUUAAUUUGUGUUUUAUCAUUAAUAGGAAACGUCAGAUUCAUGUACCUCAAAGUUCCCAAGAAAACAUCCAUAAUUUGUCUGACAGUGUAAAUACAAAGAGUAAAAACAAUACAACUUUCAGACAUGUUGACAGGAUUUGUCAGGCUCAAUGGGUAGAAGGUGAGGACUCCUUAUUAAUCUAGAUUGGCUAAUAAUUUAAACUAUAAAUGGAAAUGUAGCAAUAUAUAAAUCUCUUUCUCUCUCUUUAUAUAUAAAUAUAUUAUGCAAAAGACAUGAACUGAUGGGGCACUUCCAGUGAAACUAGGAACUUCAAACGUGAUACCAGUGAGACUGAUAAUCCCCAGAUUGUUGAAAAGUUGAAAACAAUUAGUGCAAAAGACCUCCCCCACAUUAGUAUUCCAGCCAACCUAUAAAUUCAAAUGUUUGAUUAGAGAAGAGAGUACCCCUAACAAUUUCAACAGUUGAAACACUUUUGAAGGAGCCUAGGGUGACAGUUUGUGAAGAAGGGAUUAUAAAAAAAAUAGCAAAUUUUUUUUCCAAACAGCAAAGAGAUACAAUUUUGGGAAUCAAUAGAAUGGAGGGUAAAGAAAGUACAGAAACAACAGUAAAUAAUUUAGUUUGGGAUGAACGUUAUGGGGAAAAUACAAUUUAAAUUGAAACAGGAAAUUUUGAGGUAAAUUAACUAGAAACAUGAGAGUUGUGAACAUGAAAGAUGUGAACAGGAGAGAUGUGAACAGGAGAGAUGUGAACAGGAGAGAUGUGAACAGGAGAGAUGUGAACAUGAAAGAUGUGAACAUGAGAGAUGUGAACAUGAGCGAUGUGAAUGAGAGAAGUGAACAUGAGAGAUGUGAACCAGCAAAGUUUGGAUUUUCUAUUUUUAUGUUAAACAUUUCAAGUUUAUAUAUAAGUGUAUAAAUAAACAUCCCUUUUAUUUUAAACUCCAAAGGUAAAAAAAAAAUCAUUAAAAAAGAUCGCUUAUUAUUACUUUUUUUAAAGGAAUGAAUCUUUGUUUUUUUUAAACAAAAAUGAGCAAUGGGUAUUGCUAACAAAAACUCCAUUGUCAACAUGAGGGGCUAUUUAAUAUAUUGCAAUCAGAUCUUUUUUUUUUCCACAAUAAUUUACUUACUAUUGAAACUGACCUAUUAAAGAAUUAUUUUAAAAAAAUCUAUAUCAGGUAACAAUGUUUACACAACCAUAGAGUCAAUGGACAAGAAAACAGUGAAUACAUCAGAGAUUUGAGUUUAAGGUGAUACUAGCAAAUAGGUCAAGUAGUUUUUAAAAUAAUUAACAAAAUUUUUUUUAUAUGUGUAAUCCUAAAAAUAAUUGUAACAAGUUAGAUAACCUAAAGAUUUUAUAAAAUUAAUCAUAUGAUUUAACAUGGGAAUCUAUUAAAACCCUUGAAAAAAAAAGUGUGCUUUUUUGGUUUGUUUUUUUAUAAAUUCAACUUUAGUUGGCAAAAUCAA